AUUUGGACGGGAGAGGGCUUGCACUGGUGUAAAGUUUCACCAGAAAACUAAGGAUGAUGGACGCACUAGCUGUCGUGACCCAGCUGAGGGACUUGGCCUCGGAACCGCAGAAUCGAGAGGCCAUUGUCCAGGACCAAGGAUGCCUGCCUGGGUUGGUGCUGUUUUUAGAUCAUCAGGAUUCCCAAGUGCAGUACUCCACUUUACAGACUCUACGUUACCUCGCAGAAUCACCCUUGAACAUAAACACAAUGAAAAACGAGCUGGGGAUGAUGGUGAGCUUGGAACGCCUAAUUGAGAGGAGUGGGGCCAAGGAUGACGUUGGCAUCUUAGCCAAAGAAGUGUACGACAUUCUGAACAUGCCAGUGAUCGCUGAAGCUGCCAAAACUCCAGAAAGAUCUAGAAGAAAAGUGAAAUCACAGUUCUUCAUCAACAGCUCCAACAAGAAGGCCAAAUCUGUGACUCUUCACAUACAGGGACUGGACAGUACAGAUCAACGUGGACUCUGUGAAGAAGCCCUGCUGAAGGUCAGGGGAGUAAUUAGCUUUACUUUUCAAAUGGCUCUGAAAAGGUGCACUGUGCGGAUUCGAGCGGAUUUGCCAACUGAGAGUUUGGCCUCUGCUAUUGCGGCUACCAGAGUGCUAAAGGCACAGCAAGUGGUGAAAAAUGAAGAUGGGGAGGAGGUAUUGAUUCCACUCAGCAUCUCAGAGGGCACCAUUCAGGAAAACUCCAGUCUGCCAGAUUACCUCCCUGAGGAUGAAAGUCCAGAGAGAGAAAUGGACAAGGCCGUAUCAAGGACUGCAGCCAAAGAGGACUCCAAUGGGAGCUGGCUGAAUGCUGCUGCAAGUUUUCUCACCAAGACAUUUUAUUGGUGA